AUGGCUGCGCCAACUCCUGACCGGCCAAAGGUGACUGGACGGGCUUUCUAUGAAAGUAUUGGCAGCCCAAAAUGGAUUGUAGCCCCCAUGGUUGACCGCUCAGAAUUUGCUUGGAGACUUCUCACUCGGUCCUAUUUGGACGAAGAACGAUCGAAGUCCUUGCUAGCAUAUACGCCGAUGCUCCAUGCACGACUCUUUCAGGAAGGCCCAAGACACCGAGACGCCUAUUUCCGACCUACGCGAGAUAGCCUUGUCUCGAAAGUGAGAUCCUCACUGCCCCCAUGGCUAGAUGGGAACCCCGAACUUGAUCGACCACUUUUUGUGCAGUUCUGUGCGAACAAACCGGAGGAAUUGCUCGAAGCAGCGCAAUAUGUAGCUCCAUACUGCGAUGCUGUGGAUCUGAAUCUAGGAUGUCCGCAGGGUAUCGCAAGAAAUGGGCAUUAUGGUGCAUUCCUUCAAGAGGACUGGGACACAAUAUACAGUAUGAUCAACAAACUCCACAACGAACUGUCGGUGCCAGUAACUGCGAAGAUGAGGAUACUAGAGACACGAGAGAAGACACUUGAAUACGCAAAGAUGAUAAUAUCCGCCGGCGCGAGCAUCCUUACCGUCCACGGGCGCCGGCGUGAGCAGAAAGGGCACAAUACAGGCCUCGCAGAUUGGUCUAUGAUCCGCUACCUCAGAGAAAACCUCCCAGCUGACACGGUGCUUUUUGCAAAUGGCAACAUACUCAAUUCCGGUGACAUUGACGCUUGCCUCGCAGCCACAGGUGCCGAUGGAGUCAUGAGCGCCGAGGGCAAUCUUUCCGAUCCGACAAUCUUUGCAUUGCCGCCGAAAGAGCAUAACCCGCGCGAAUAUUGGUAUGGUCCGAAUGACAAAGGCGGCUACCGCGUGGAUGCAGUGUUUCGGCGGUACAUGGAUAUUAUUUACAAGUACAGCUUCGACCGAGCACCGCCUGAACGACCACCUUUGUACAUACCCGGCGACCCUAAACCUGAUUCAACGAAAGAAAUCACGGAUCCUGCAUCGCAGAACGGCGCCACCAACAGCAAGAAGAGAAAACGAGAAAGUAAGCCCAAAACGGACCCGAAUCUAAAGUGCAUGCAGGGCCACCUAUUCCACCUUCUCCGGCGACUAGUAUCGGUACAUACAGACAUCCGGGACGCUCUGGCUAAAUCCAGAUGUGGAGACAUGGAUGCCUACGAGCAUGUCCUGUCAAUGGUCGAAAAGGCUGUCAUGGAAGGACUCGAUGCUGAAGCGCAAGGGACAGGCGAGGAGUCUAGCCAACAAGAAGUGGCAUCACUCGGAGAGAAUGUGCCGCCGAAGCAAAAAACAGAAGCCAAAUACAAGAGACCUUGGUGGGUAUGUCAGCCCCAUAUACGGCCAUUGCCGGAAGAGGCUGUAAAACUGGGAGCAAUGCAGCCCAGCAAGAAAGAACUGGCCAAGCUCGCGGCGCAAGAAUCAUCGGAGACGAAAGCAGACCCCCUUCAACGAGUUGAUGAUGGCCAGCAACAGCAGCAGCCCAGCCCCACAUCAGGCGACGAUGUGCCAAAGUCAGCUCUUGUGUGCGGGUGA